CUACAACAUGUGGUUGAUUUCAGAGUCAAUAAGUGACAGGGAAAGUGAUAAGCCAUCAUGCAGCGUCAAUUCUACCUCGUGGGUGACGACAUUGCCACGGCAAAGACACUCGAGAUAGACUCGCGAUGGAAACUUGAAGACUUGCAACGAGCAGUCGGAGGUGUUUUUCAUGUUGCACAGCCAACAGGUAUCUCCUUCAACAACGCGCAGAAUGAAACUCUCACAUCGGUACAAGACGUCCUCGCAGCCCCAGCCCCAGUCGGCCUCCGCAUAGACGGCAACGCCGUACAAUCGCCUCAAGGACCACCGGGCCUUCCCCUCGUGGGCAGCUACUAUGAGAUCUACCCCGAUCACCUGGGUAACCAUUAUCGGUUAUUCCGCAAGUACGGACCUGUCAUCAAGACCACCAACAUGGGCAAGACAAUUUAUCUCACCGAUGACCCAAAAGUUACCGCUGUCGCCUUUGCAGAGUCCGCAUAUAUGACCAAGAAGAUCAAUGAGAACCACCCGCUUUGGGGCGUUAAGGAUAAUACGGCUAUCUUUAUUGGAGACACUGAGACAGAGAACUGGCGCUUGGCGCAUAAGUUCUUGCCUCCAGCUAUGGGCCCCAAGGCUGUGCGACACUAUACCUCGCUCAUGCAGAAUUGCGCGCGAAAGUCGUUACCAGUCUUCGACGAGCUGGACUCCCGCGGGGAAUCUUGGAACGUGUACCAGUAUAUGGUGAAGCUGGCUUCGCAGACGAUCAGUUCCUUCUCAUUAGGUACUGAUUUCGGCCACUUCGACACGGUCGAUGCACCUUUACACCCCAUUGUCACCAACAUUGCCAGCCUACUCUCCCUGAAUAAGAAGAUCACUUCUCGUGGAGAGUGGUACCGUCAUUUGCCCUGGGGAGACCCCGCACGCCUGCGCCAGGUCCAGCAUACGAUCUACUCGCUUUUGCAAGAAGCCAUCGAUGAGGUUGGCGCCACGUCUACGACCAAGGACGCUCCUAUGAACGAAGCUGCACUGUCCGCGUCUUGCGUGGUCGACUACCUGCACCACGCCCUUGACGAAAAGGGCGAACGUCUCCCGGAAGGUUUGAUUCUGGCAAAUAUGCUCAUCGUAACCGGUGCCGGAUUCACCACGACAUCUGCCCUAAUGUCAUGGCUGAUUUACUGUCUUGCCACGUACGAGGAUACACAGGAGCGUUUAUAUCAAGAACUGGUUGAGUUUGGUAUCGUCGGACCAAACGGCGAGCGCAACCAAACGACCUGGACACCCGACCUUGCUCAUAGCAUGCCAUACCUAGACAAGUUUGUCAAGGAGACGCAACGAUUGCACAACGCCUCAUUCCAGCCCGGCCGCACGACAAAAACACAGGUUAUCCUCCCCGGUGGUUACCGAUUACCACCAGACAGUGUGAUCGUCCCGGCAUUGUAUGCUAUUCACACGAAUCCCAAGGUCUGGCGGGAUCCGCUCCGCUUUGAUCCUGAUCGAUGGGAUACGCAGGAGAUGAAAGAUCGACAUCGCUGCGCGUAUGUCCCGUUUGCCACGGGACCGAGGGGCUGUAUCGGGUUCAACUUUGCGUUGCUGGAGGUUAAGGUUUUGUUGUCUGAAUUGGUGAGCAGAUAUGAGUUUGUUCGGGAGGGUUUGGAUGCGAUCGAUUAUGAUCCUGAGUUUCAGUUGAUCCGGCCUUUAAACUUCUAUGUUCGAGCGAAACGUCGCGUGUAAUGAUCAACCAUAUAAAUAGAAUAGACAUAGACCGAAAGAUGCAAAUAACUAAAGAUAAGGGAAAUUAUAC